CAUGGUUUCUCGCGGCGUUGUAGGCAUUUGCCUCCUCUCGGCACUGCCCCUCUUGUGUCUGGAGCUCCGGCGUGGGAUUCCAGACCUAGGAAUUAAGGAUCUAAUUUUGCUGUGUGGCCGGAUUUUCUUACUACUUGCUCUUCUUACUUUAAUUAUUUCUGUGACUACCUCAUGGCUAGACUCUUUUAAAAAAUCUUCUCCAGUUUAUCUGAAAGAAGAAGAGGAGAAUGAGAAAAAGCAAAAACUUGUGAGGAAAAAGCAACAAGAGGUACAGGGUGAGAAGGCCAGCAGAUACAGAGAAACUGUUUUAAAACCGCAGCAAGAAAUGAAAUUGAGGAAAAUGGAAGAGCGCUUUUAUCAGAUGUCUGGUGAAACCUGGAAGCUAGGCAGUGGUCAUAAGCUCGGGGGUGGUGAAGAUUUGGGGUUUGAAAAUGAGAGUCAGACAUCAUUUGGAACUCCAAACAGAGAAGCAGCAAGGAGAAGGAACUUGCCUGAAUCUUCAGCCAAACUUUCACCACCUUCUAGACAGCCCACACCAAAGAAGAUUCUUAUUUUACCUGAAGAACCUCCUGAAACAGCUGAAGAAGUAGUCACUGUUGCUCUCCGAUGUCCAAGUGGGAAUGUCUCCCGAAGGAGGUUUCUGAAGUCUUGCAGUUCACAGGUCUUGUGUGACUGGAUGAUGAAGAUUGGCUACCACCCAUCCCUCUACAGCCUUUCAACUUCCUUUCCUCGAAGAGUCCUGCAAGUGGAAGAGAACUGGUCACUACAGGACGUUGGAAUAACAGUGGAUACUGUCCUCAUCAUGGAAAAGAAGGAGCAGUUACUGGAGCAAUGAGACCGACCUGUUCUUCAGCAAAUCUGUGAUGCCAUGAACUUGCUUACUGGUCAAUAAAGGAUUCACCUUAAAA